AUGCUCCAACUAAAACCUGCAUUUUCUUUUCAUGAGAAGGUUCUGUGUGGGGAGUGGAUUAUUGGAGAUUGCAUAACUUAUGGUUUAUUCCAAAUGCAAGAUGUAAUGUUUGCCAGUUUUCUGACUAGUUCUCCACAACAUGUUUUUGUGGGUGAAUGGCGCGGAUCAGUGGUAUCUGGAUUACACAGUUGGGUAAGAUACUAUUACCUGGAAAAUUCGAGUGCCAUUAGUUAUUACGGAUAUCAUGAGCAUAAAGAGGAUUUUUUUGCAAGCAUACAAUACUCAUGGUACGGGAAGUUUAAACGUAUUGGAAGUUUCAACACAGGAACAUCCCCUGCAUUUGAUUUCGCAGUUUUCACGUUAUGCACCUUGGUCAGACCUGGCAAAGAAAGCUGCAGUUUUCAAAUAGACGAUUACCGCCUAACGGUUACAGCAAUAAAAACUGAAGACUCCAGACUGAUUACAGUAUAUCCAGUUCGCACUAUGACUGAAAGGAGAAGCAGUGGCAUUGUGAUAAAUUGUCGUAACAGCAAAACUAGUCUCAUGAAAAAAACCUUGUUUCCAACGCAGGUUGUGCCCGUUUUUGAAGAAGAGAUAUCUACCCAGACGAAAUAA